AUGGCGCAACAGCUGCACACCUACCUCCGAUGGACUUCUAUCAAGCUUGACCAGUUUGACUAUGUUAGCACACGCGCCGGCAACCCUGAACUGUCGGUGGCUGGAGCCUCAGUCAACAGUGAUCUCGUGUUAUUCUAUAUUCAAUUUUACUGCUACAAUGUUGAAUCGAUCCUCGUCGUCUCAUGGUGUACAGAGCUGGCCUACUCCAUCUACCAUUUAAAAGCAACCGGAUCAGCAACACGAUACGGAAGCUAUGCUGCCAAAACUACGGCUGUUAUCAUUCCCAUCAUCCAAGUGAGCCUGAUGCGCACCGACGUAGUACAAAGCUCAACCAUUGGGUUCUAUUUCCUUGCGAACAUGAUCAUGGGUGUCAGCCUUGCUCUCGGCACAAUCCUCCUCUUGGCUAUCCUCGCGAGAUACGUUGCAACACGAGCUGUGGCGGCCUGGCAUGUUGGGUAUGCCGAUCGCUCGACUGUUGGUGGCACCAAUGCCGCAACUACUCAAAACACCGCCGUCGGAAGUCUUGCCAGCAGCACUGGCGGAGUACCAUUACAAGAGAAGAGCAUUUAUGAUAGCUGGCUGGUUACCCGCUUCACUCUUGCCUUCGCGGGUCUAUCAGCGUUCCAGCUGGUCAUCAUUGCGCAAGAAAUCAGCUUUGCCCGAGAUAAUGGCAAAGACUCGCAGGGUUCUGUUGUCGAUCUGAGCUACCAGCGAGCCAUUGGCGACGUCUUAACUUUCCUACCGGGCGUGUCCGCCAGUCUCCUCGCCUUUAUAGUCUUCGGCACAACGAAGUCAUUCCGAGACUAUUUCUACCGCAAAUUGGUACCGAGGAGCAUGCGGAGGCGUUGGAGGAACACGAUGAGGAGCCCACCGGUUGUCGCAAUACCAGCUCGAUACCCAAUUCCGGACACCCCCGGGCAAUCGGAAUUUUUCGAGCUCGAUGGUGGAGAGUCUGGUCUGGGCCCAGGAAUUCGUCAGCAUGACAGCCGCUCACCCGGCGUCAGCUCCGUGAGCUUCGCGGGAAAGGACCCAGAGGACGAGUUUCCAAUACUGUCAAUUAGGCCGCACGGAUGA